AUGAUUGAUAGUCGUAGAAUAAAAUAUCCUUGUAGAGUAUUAUUAGAUAGUGGAUCGCAACCUAAUAUUAUGACGUUAUCUUUAGCUAAAAAACUUAAAUUGCAAAGACAGAAAUUAACAUCCACUAUCGAAAUGUUAUCAGAUCCUGACUUUGACAGACCAUCAAGAGUUGACGCACUUAUUGGAGCUGAAUUAUUUUAUGACCUUCUUUACAUGGAAAGAAUAUCUCUUGCUCUUCCUCGUACUUCUUUACAGAAUACAAAACUGGGAAGGAUAGUCACCGGCCGAAUUAAUGAUCAUUCAUUUGGAAACAGGUUUUCUUGCAACGUUAUUAGGGAUCCUCUUAGUUUACAAUUAGAAAGGUUUUGGAAUUUGGAAGAGGUUCCUGAUAAACGUCAUUUUUCAGCAGAAGAAGAAGCCUGUGAAGAUCAUUUCCAGCGUUACACUCAUCGAGAAUCAUCAGGUCAUUAUCAGGUAUGUUUGCGUUUUAACAAAAAGCAGCAUCUUUUGGGAUCGUCGUAUGAUACAGCUCGAAGAAGAUUCUUUAUUCUUGAAAGAAAACUAGAAAGAAAUGGUCAAAUAAAAGAAGAAUACCACAAAUUUAUGAGAGCCUAUGAAGAAUUGCAGCAUAUGGAACCCGUCGGAUCAGAUGAUCGUUCUGGAUAUUAUUUACCUUAUCAUACAGUCAUUAAGGAAUCAAGCCUGACUACAAAGUUAAGGGUCGUGUUUGAUGCAUCUGCAAAAACAAGUACCGCUGUAUCUCUCAAUCAGGCAAUUAUGGUGGGAGCAACGAUCCAAGACGGAAUCUUCGAGUUCAUGUUAAGAUUUCGAUCACAUUUAAUCGUAUUAACAGCUGACAUCGAGAAGAUGUACCGGCAGUUCUGGGUGCAUCCUGAUGAUCGUAGAUAUCAAAAAAUUUUAUGGCGUUUUGACAGGAAUAGUCCCUUGAUCACAUAUCAGCUGAAAACCGUUACUUGUGGUACAUCGGCUGCACCAUUCUUGGCCACGAGAUGUUUGAAGCGUUUGGCGGAUGAUGAGAGGCAAAACUUUCCUGAAACAGCUAAAACACUGGAAGAAGACUUUUAUGUGGAUGAUAUUCUCACCGGGAAGGAUACUCUUGAAGAAGCCAAACAAUUACGGGAUGAUAUUAUCAAAUUGACUGAAGGAGCAGGACUGACGUUGUGCAAGUGGAACUCAAAUCAUCCAGCAAUGAUCGGUGAUCUUGAUGAUUACUCGAGAACUUCUUAUCAGAUCAUAGGUAGAGAUCAAACCUCCCGGACAUUGGGAUUGGGUUGGCAUGCUGUAGAGGAUUCAUUAAGGUUUGAGAUUAUCAACAAGGCUCAAGAUGAUGUAGUGACCAAGAGAAUAAUUUUAUCUCAGAUUUCUCAACUUGAUGAUCCUCUUGGAAUAAUAGCUCCUGUGAUCAUAAUCACUGGCGAAGUGGAGUGGAUUCAAGGAUCAGCUGAUAUUGUUGAACGAAUGGAAGAUUCCCAGAUCAAUCAAGAUCUUUGA